AUGACUUUAGUCCGAGGCGAUCUCAUAAAUAUUGUUCUUAUUACUGUUGAUCAAUCUGGAAAAGGUGAUUUUCAAAGAAUUCAAGAUGCAAUUGAUGCUGUGCCUUCACAAAAUUCAGAGCAAAUCUUUGUUUAUUUUAACAGCCCUGGAAUUUACAAGGAACAAGUAGUAGUGCCUGAGGACAAGCCAUGGAUAACAAUGAGUGGCACAAAUGAAACAACCACAAUAAUUACUUGGAGUGGACCUUGGCACACACUUCAGAAUACCACAGUUUCAAUUUUGGCUUCUGAUUUUGUUGGAAGAAAUCUCACUAUUCAGAAUACAUAUGGUCCAGGCAUCCAAGCAGUGGCAUUGAGUGUAUUUGGUGAUAGAGUGGCUUUUUACAAUUGUAGAAUAUUUUCCUAUCAAGAUACACUUUUUGACACUAGUGGAAGACAUUACUACUCAAAUUGUUUCAUCCAAGGAGCCACAGAUUUCAUCUAUGGAGAUGCUCUUUCUCUCUUUCAUGAAUGUUAUAUACAUUCAAUAUCAGAGAAUGGUGGAGCAAUCACAGCACAUAAAAGAUCAUCGGUGGAUGAAAAUACUGGUUACAGCUUUGUUUCAUGUAAUAUUACAGGAAUAAAACCAAAUAGCGUAAUUCUUGGAAGACCGUGGGGACCUUACUCCAGAAUAAUAUACGCUUACACUUCUAUGACUAAUGCAAUAUUACCAGAAGGUUGGAAUGACUGGAACAAUACAACCCGACAAAGCACUUCAUACUAUGGAGAGUAUAUGUGUUACGGUCCUGGUGCAACAAGCUCGAAAAGGGUCAAAUGGAGCCACCAACUUACAAGUGAUGAAGCCAAACCAUUUCUAACAAAGGACAUGAUCAAUGGGGAUGAGUGGCUCAGGGCUGUCCCAACUCAAUUCAAGAAGCCAUCUUUUCCUUUGAAGCCAGAGAAAUAA